AUGACGUCGACUUCAAACAUCAAUGAUCCUGCGGGAGUUGCAGCUCUCUUGGAUCAGCUAAAAUCAUCGGCAGCAUGGCAGGCGCUUACAAACGCAUCACAGCCCGCGACCGUUCAACCCGACACUGGUCCUCCACCCUUCGUCAAUGUAGCACCAUCGAUUGCCGCGGAACGAGUUGCAUCAAGUGAAAAUGGUCCUGCUGGUGAUUCUACUUUCAGUAACACCUCAGUCGCCUCCCUUCUUUCUCAGUUGAAGACCAUUUCUACCGGCCCGAACCUUCAAAGGAACCCGACUUCACAUUAUGUCUCCUCAUCUGUGGCUCUACAUGGACAACCAACGACGGACGGCAUCGAGGACUUGACGAAACUGAGCUUUGCACAAUCGUUGCCCUUAGUAUCCAAUCUUGCAGAAGAUCCUGCCUUUGUUUCAUCGGUAAAAAGGUUAAAAAACGACCAGGAGGACCUAGAACGACAGCUGUGGACUGAAAGAGAAGCCAUCUACACGAAGUACCACGAGAAGUUCAAGGUAGCGCAAACGAAGGCACAGAUGAUUGGAACAACCGUAUCCCAGCACGAGCAAGAUAUGAUGAACGACGCCUUCAAGAAGGAAAUAUUCAAGUUCGACCACGACCGCGUCAUACCUGCUUGGGACGGUCUUGUGUCAAGGCAGCAGCUAGAACUCGCUCAGCUCAAAGUGCCAACGAUGUUCGUCACCGGCGAAGCGCGUGAUCGAGAGCGACAGAACCAGGUUGCAAAUGUAUUGGCCACUAUCGUCGGUGCAAAGACGGCUUGA